AAAAUCUCCAAAUUCCAGAAUCCCAGGUUCCCCGGUUGUGGGCCGGUGACUUUAUCUGGAAUAUCAUCAAUACUUUAGCUCUCCUCCACCAAAACUCUCCGUGUCGUCGCCGUUUCGGGUUGCGGCAGUCCCCGCUUGGUCUUGGUUACAGCCCACCACCAAGCUGUCAACUCCAAUCCUCGCCUUCGGGACCCAACCGAGACACAUUUGUAUCUGGGCGACAUCUUGUGAAUGAUAACGACCCUUGCCGGUCCUUUCGACUUUUAAGGUUCAGAGUUGUCCGCUAGACAGCAAUAACCAUGGUGUACACUACCAGAUCCAACACGCCCUCGGAGGGCCGGAUAAGCGAAGACCAGAUGGACACGGCUGAGUGUGUCGAUCGCCUGGCUCUCCUUCGGAGCAUGCCUGAGACGCCCCUUGAGUGCCAGGUCUGCGUUGUUGGAGCAGGCCCGGCCGGCUUGAUGUUGGCAUGUAACCUUGGCCGGUACGGUAUCAAAGUGGAAGUGGUGGAUGAUCGGGCAGACCAAACGACGGUGGGAAGAGCCGACGGUCUUCAACCUAAGUCGAUUGAGACUUUUCGGCAAAUGCGACUGGCGGACCCCCUUUUGCAGCGCGGUGUCCGAGUCUACAACAUCGCCUUUUGGCAGAGUACCGCUGACCAACCGCUCCAACGCCUUGGCCGUGAAGUUCACUACCCGCCCGUUAUUGAUGUGCUGGACCCCUAUAUCCUCCUGGUGCACCAAGGAAUGGUGGAGAGCUUGUUCAUCGAGGACCUAAAAAAGCGCGGCAUUGAGAUCCGCAGGAACACAGCUUUCGACUCGUACAGCGUGUGCGACGACGAGAGCGGGCCGCUCCAGGUUAACUGCCGGGCGAACGUGAACCGAGAGCGCAAGUCGUUUCUGACACAGUAUCUCGUCGGGUGUGAUGGGGCACAUUCCAAGGUCAGAAGAAGCAUCCCGGACGCUACGUUUGUCGGCAUGUCGCAAGCUUCGCUGUGGGGUGUGGUCGACGGCGAGCUGGUGACUGACUUCCCCGACAUCUGGUCCAAGUCCCUGGUGCAUUCGGAGGAGUACGGCUCAAUCCUGAUUAUCCCCCGGGAGCGCAACGUGACGCGCUUCUACAUUGAACUUAAGAGCUCGCCCAAAUCAGAUAAGAAUCAGCUCGGUGAGAAGGCAGUCAUGCAACGCGCCAAGGAUAUCAUGGCUCCCUACAAAGUUGAGUGGAAGAACAUUGAAUGGUUCGGCCGUUACCAGGUCGGUCAGCGGGUCGCAAGCCGGUUUUGUGACAACCAUCACCGUGCUUUCAUCGCCGGCGACGCCAGCCACACUCACUCCCCAAAGUCUGCUCAAGGCAUGAACACGUCAAUGCACGAUGGCUGGAACCUGUGUUGGAAGCUCAACCUUGCCAUCCGAGGCUUCGCCAAACCGGCGUUACUUCAAAGCUACGAAGAGGAGCGGAGGAAGAUUGCCUUGGACUUGGUCAACUUUGACUACGACCACGCAAUCCGGAUCGCCGAGGGAAAUCCCAGGGCGCUUGCUGAGAAUUUCAGGACCAAUGUGCGUCUUAUCUCUGGCGUUGGUGCCCAGUACGACCAGAACGCCAUCAACAUGACGGAGCCCUCACCGGGCUUGGUAGGCGAGGUCAAGCCGGGUUCGCUCCUACCGCCGGCCAAAGUCAGACGCUACGUCGACUCCAAUCCAGUUGAUAUUCAGCUCGACAUUCCGAUGCUUGGCCAAUUUCGCAUCUACGUAAUGGUGUGGGACGUCCACCAGUCCUACAUCUUCCUCGAUGCCUUCUGUGAAGCUAUCGCCUCAACUAGCUCCCUCGUCAGUCAGCUCUCUGCGGCAGCAAAGGUCUCAUACACUCAGCAACCGCGUAUUCCAGGCCCAGAGGAUAUUUACCUCCGACCAGAGCGCUACACGGCUGUCAGCCACCUGUUCACGUUCGCACUCAUCACCACAAUGCCCCAAGACGACAUCGAGAUCCAUGACCUACCCCCCAUUUUCCAAGACAGCCGCUGGACCUUUUACCUGGAUGACGUCCCCAUGCAGGACACGCGCAACAUGCACUGCACCAAGAAGUGGGUCGGCUCCCUCGGGGCGGGGGAAGUGGCUGUUGUGAAUGUGCGCCCCGACGGCUAUGUCGGCUCGGUCGGCCGCUGGGAUUCGAGCAUUGACGAUGCCGGGAAGGAUGCCGCGAAGUGGUUGGACCAAUACUAUGGGCGGUUUUUGCAGUUGCCCGUGCCGAUCCAGGGUUGAGGCUUGACCUGAUUGACUGUUUGUGAGCGGUGGGGGUUAACUAGGCUAGGAAUGGGGUAAUACCGGAGUGGUUGUGUUCUUAUGGAUUAGAAGGGGAGUGUAUACAAAAUGCUGCGAGGCAGUGAGUUGUUGUGGGCGGGGGAGUUCAAAAGAAGUUCGGGUUUCUUCACGGCACGUUUUUGUAUGGUGCUCAGAAAUAUAGGACAGUCAAAGUUCUAAGUGUUUCAGUUAUUUCCGCACUUGUUUGUCUGG